AUGGCCUCAACACUGAUCAAGGGCAAGCCUGCCCAGCAGCUCUCCUCGAUUCUGCCACCCCUCGUCUUUGGAUGCGCCGUCUUCAACUCACAAUACAACGAUGUCAACAAGCUGGACACUGUCGGCCUGGUGCAAGAGGCACUCGAAUUUGGUAUCAGAGCGUUCGAUACCAGCCCAUACUAUGGACCCAGUGAGGAGCUGCUAGGAGCUGCCCUUGACACAGAAUUCGUACACGCACACGUGCCUCGCUCUGACCUAUUCUACAUUACAAAGUGCGGCCGCAUUGCUGGAGACGAGUUCGAUUAUUCCCCCGAAUGGGUCCGCCAAAGUGUCGCUCGCAGUCUUGAAAGAUUGCGCACUGAUUACCUAGAUAUCGUCUACUGCCAUGAUGUCGAGUUCGUGGGCGAGGAUGAAGUCCUCGGAGCGAUCAAAGAGUUGCGUCGCAUCCGCGAUGAGGAAGGCACACUGCGCUAUGUCGGCAUUUCGGGAUACCCCGUCCCUCUGCUUUGCUCGCUCGCUGAGCGUGUUCUUCGCGAGACUGGCGAGCCUCUCGAUGCUGUCAUGUCGUACGCAAACUUCACACUACAAAAUACUACACUCGCAACUACUGGCAUUGCACGUCUGCGCGCUGCAGGCGUCGAUGUUGUCCCAAAUGCCUCACCACUUGGCAUGGGUCUUCUGAGACGCGCGGGUCCUCCUGUUGCGGGUCAAGGCGACUGGCAUCCCGCUGGCCCUGGCGUUCGAGAUGCCGUCCGUCGUGCAAGCGACUUCUGCGACCGCCACGGAGAACGUCUCGAGGUCAUUGCCAUCCGAUAUGCCCUCGAAUCAUGGCUCACACAGGGUGCGAGUGUUGGCUCAAGAGGCGACCCUGCAUCUGGUGUCCCAUGGACCCCUGAGUCGAACGAGCAGGUUGGAGGCCACAAACUUGGUGUCAGCGUUAUGGGUGUCAGUAACGCUGGUGAGCUGGAGAAAACAAUGUCAGUCUGGCGUAGUAUUCUCGACGGUCUCGAGGGUGGUGAAGAGACCGUUAAACUUGCUGGUCGCUGGAAGAGAGACCACGAGUGGAGCUUGAACCGCAAGCACGGUGUCCAGAUCAUGGCAGACGGCAUUCAGGAGCAUCUGGCAGAGUAUCUCGAUUUUGCUUGGGACAGCCCUGGCAAGGACUAUGUCAACAAGAGAGCCGCCAAAAACCUGUCGCCCCCUCAGGUUGAAGAUGCCCCUUGGCUGACUCCGGCUCAGAGCCCACAGGCUGAGCAGGACCUCCCUGAAGAGAUCAGCAUUGCGCUCAGAUAG